UCCCCUUUUUCUCUGCUGACUUAGCAGCGUGCCAGGCGUGCAGAGAUUAAUCAGUGACAGGAAGGUGCCUCUUUCGGAGUAGUGACGGACUGUGGUCAGGAGACCCUCUGCAAGCCCAGCCCCAGGAGCCUGUCCCAUUUCCUGCCUGCUGCUCACCCACCUGCUCCUGCCAUGGGGCGACUCAUGGCCCUGCUCUUCCUGCUGGGGAGCCCGGGGGCUCUCGCUGAGAUCUGCGAAAUACCAAAUGUGGACAGCAAGCUGGUGGAGCGGCUGGGCCAGCGCCUCUUGCCUUGGAUGGAUCAGCUCUCCCAGGAGCACCUGAACCCCAGUAUCUAUGUGGGCCUGCGCCUCUCCAGCAUGCAGGCUGGGGACAAGGAGGCCUUCUACCUGCACAGCCUCAAGCUCAAUUACCAGCAGAACCUCCUGGGUGUUGUUAAUUGGUCUACCGGCAGCAAUGACCACAGUGACCGUGAAGCCAAGCCCACCAUGGGCCAGCUGGCCCUCUACAUGCUCGCUCUCAGGGCCAACUGUGAGUUGGCCAGGAGCCACAAGGGGGACAAGCUGGUCUCACAGCUGAAGCGGUUCCUGGAAGAUGAGAAGAAUGCCAUUGGGCACAAUCACAAAGGCCAUCCCCACACCAGCUACUACCAGUACGGCCUGAGCAUCCUGGCCCUGUGUGUCCACCAGAAGCGAGUCCAUGACCGCGUGGUGGGCAAGCUCCUACAUGCCGUGGAGCACGACCGGCGUCUCCACCAGGAUCACCUCUCUGUGGACACAGCAGCCAUGGCAGGCUUGGCCUUCACCUGUCUGGAGCGCUCCAACUUGAACCCUGAUCUGAGAAACAGGAUCACCUUGGCUCUCAGGACAGUGAGAGAGAAGAUCCUGAAGGCCCAGACCUCAGAGGGCCACUUUGGGAAUGUCUACAGCAGCCCUCUGGCGCUGCAGUUGCUGAUGACCUCCCCCAUGCGUGGUGUACAGCUGGGCAAAGCAUGCCUCAAGGCGAGGGCUGCUCUGUUGGCCAGUCUGCAGGACGGGGCCUUCCAGAGUGUUCUCAUGAUUUCCCAGCUGCUGCCCGUCCUGAACCACAAAAGCUAUGUGGAUCUCAUCUCCCCAGACUGCCUAGCACCAAGAGCCAUGUUGGAACCAGUUAUGGAGACCCCUUCACAGACUCAAGUCUCAGAGGUCAUCAGGGUCACGCUGAAGGUCCCCAGUGUCUUGCCACCGUACAGACAUUCCAUCACUGUCCCUGCUGGGUCCUCCUUGGAAGAUGUCCUGAAGAAGGCCCAGGAGCUCGGAGGAUUCAUGUAUGGAACACAGUCUUCCUUGUCAGGCCCCUACCUGACCUCCGUGAUGGGGAAAGAAGUUGGGAAACAUGAGUUCUGGCAACUCCUCCGAGCCCCCGACAUGCCUCUGCUACAAGGGAUUGCUGAUUACACACCCAAGGAUGGAGAAACCAUCGAGCUGAGGCUGGUUAGCUGGUAGCCUCAGGGCUCACCCACCCCAGCAGCCUUGCACACUCCCUGGGCAUCCCUGUAAUAGGCACGUGCCUGACCCUGCUGCCACCUCAUGUGCACUUGGAGCAAUGUCCCCCGGAUGACCCCAGCCACCACCCCUGCGAAGGUCCUAAGCCACCACCCACCCUGGAGCAGGGAGCCAAGCACCUCCCCUGGGAGGUCUGUCUGCCAGGGCCUGGCCCAGCUGGCCCCGCAGGUGUCCCAUGAAGGCCACUCAUAGUCGGAAGGGCACAAGGCCUCUCAGACUCCUCAGCACAAGGAGAGGAAGUCCACCAGCCGCUGGCGUUGUGAGUACCGCCCAUUCUGGGUCCUGCAAGGAGAUCUCUGUGGCCCGGGGGCUGUGGUCCUGACCCCAGCUCUCCACUACGCUGUCAGGGAGGUGGCCCCAGAGCUGGCAAUGUAGCUGGCGAGGGCUCUGCAGGACUGCUCAAAGCCCACCAACCAAAUGAUUAAAGCAUUGAUUGU